AUGGCGAUGGUGAAGUCAAGUCGGCUGGCCGCCAGCAUAUACCGGACACAACCGACAAUCCUUCUAGGCCUCGCACGAUGUUAUAUGGUGACCAGCGUGCAGGCCAAGCGCUUCAGAAAUAUGACCACUGUAAUCGAUUCCAAGAUAUAUGGCAAUGUGUUCGCCACACCGGAGGUCAAAGCGAUAUGGUCCGACAGACAGCGAACAAAUUAUUUCCUCUUAUUUGAGGCUGCCUUGGCUAAGGUCCAAGCCGAGAUAGGUAUCAUACCACAAAAGGCAGCCGACACUAUCGUCAAGCACUGUAACGUGGACGAUUACGAUUUCGACGAACUACGAAAGAAAACAGAACUUAUUGGCUAUCCGGUCUUACCUGUAGUUCAGCAACUAGUGGCAAAAGUCAAUGCGGUAGAAGCAGGACUCGGUGAGUGGGCACAUUGGGGCACCACGACCCAGGAUCUGACUGACACGGCUGUCAUACUACAACUCCGAGAUACCCUGAUUCUGGUCGAGAAAACUCUCGACAACAUUAUCAAGGCGCUGAGGAAGCUGUCUGAGAAGCACAAAGCAACGCCCAUGGCGGCACGAUCAAAUUUGCAACAAGCUGUGCCAAUAUCCUUCGGCUUCAAGAUGGCGAGACUACUGGCUUGCUUUGAGCGCCACAAGGAGCGUCUUGCAGAAUUGAAACCUCGUCUACUCGUUCUGCAGUUUAGCGGCGCUGCCGGCACUCUUGCGACCAUCACUUCAGCAUCCUCGCACAAUGCUCCAGAUAUGGUCGAUGGCAUACCACUUGGCUUGCGUUGCCAGAUACUUCUAGCGGCAGAACUAGGCCUCGCUGUGCCUGAGAUAGCAUGGCAUACUGAGCGGGACAAUCUGGCUGAGGUAUCGAACUACCUCGCUGUGCUGACGGCGACAUGUGCAAAGUUCGCCACUGAUCUGAAAGUCAUGAUGCAGCUGGAAAUUGGCGAGGCUCGAGAGCCGUAUGUGCCACAUCGUGGCAGUAGCUCUACUAUGCCGCAGAAGCGUAAUCCGGUUGGCUGUGCGUACAUUUGUUCGAUGGCCAGUACCGUACGAGGAAUGGCUAGUAGUAUGGUCGAGGCUGUCGUGGCGGAUUUUGAGCGCAGUACUGGUCCUUGGGAGAUUGAGUGGAUCGUGCUGCCGCAAGUUUGUGCUCUUAGUCAAGCUUGUCUCGAGCAGACGCACUAUCUCCUCGACGGUCUAGAGGUAGACGAGGAGGGUAUGAAGCGCAAUCUGGCACUCACGAAAGGCAACGUCGUAAGCGAAGCCGUGAUGAUGGGUCUAGGCAAGGCCAUUGGCAGGCAAUAUGCACAUGAUCUUGUGUAUGACUUGUGUCGAAGAGCCCAGCUCGAAGACAAGUCGUUGCUCGAACUGUUGUGCCAGCAUGAGACCGUGAAGAAAGCAGGCCUCUCUGAAGAACGUCUAGCAGAGCUCUGUGAUCCAACCAACUAUCUUGGUCUGAGCGAAGUGAUGGUUGAUCGUGUGCUCGAUAGACGUGUGUAG